UUCAGGAGUGGGGAGCGAAAGGACCCAUUCAUGCUCCGAGCCCUCCGUCAGUCAGACGCUACGGACACCGCUCACUCGCCUUUUUCACCGCCGUCCCCUGACGUCGUGCGUUUGACUCGGGCACCUGUCCGGAGUUUCCAGCGGGACGUCCGCGCCCUCAUUCCGGUACCGCCGGUCGGACUGCGCGCGUCAUGGGCGACGCUCGGCUCGCCGCCGCCUGCACCUGAGAGCUCCGUGGAUCUGGAUCACGACUUUCUAUAAGAAGAGCACGACUUUGGUUCUGUCGCUUCGCAAAGAAACCUUCGUCCGUCACCGGGAACUGUCUGCCAGGAACCGCACUCCCUGAAUUUGGGCGCAGCGUUUGGACCUCGGUUCCGCUGACAGGAUGGGCUCCGCCGAGCUCUUCACAUCGGUUCUGGUCAUUGUGUGUUGUUUGCCGCUCGUAAAUGGCCGUUUGGAGAGACACUCACCUAAGCUACAGCCCUCCGGCAGUCCCAUGGUUCUGCAUAAGAGGGACUCGUUACAUCUGAGCUGCAGAGGCCGUGGCCCGCUGCAGUGGACACUCGGCGAUCCCCAAAGAUCAAACACUUCAGAGGGGGUGAAGAUAGAGCUGUGUGUCACCAGGAAUCACUCUCACUCACACUGCAGCAAACUCGCAAUUGCCGACUUGAAUGUUAGCGACACAGGAAGAUACAGUUGCAAAUACACCAAGAACGGUUCCGACUACAUCGCCUCCACCUAUGUCUAUGUUAAAGAUCCCGAGCAGCCGUUUGUGACUCCCUGGUAUCCCAGUUCUGACAUUGUGUACUUCUUUGAGCACAACAGUAGCAUCAUAAUCCCCUGCCGCACCUCCUUUCCUGAUGCUGUUGUAACACUGACAUCGUCCCCGCUUUUACCUGAGCACAUUCUAAAAAGAAGAAAAUGGGAUCCAAUGGUGGGAUUCGAAAUUCCCCACAUUCGAAACGCCUCCUAUGGUCAAGUCACCUGUGAGACCACGGUCAACGGUCAGAGGUUCAAGUCCAUGUACUUUAUUCAGAAACAAACUCUUGUGCUUAAAAAUGUGAAAAUCACCCCACAUCAAACCGAAGUGUUAGUUGGAGACACUCUUAUCCUCAACUGUACUGGAGAGACCACCUGGAACGGAAGAAUCAACUUCACGUGGGAUUUUCCAAAGGAGAGAGAAAAUCGACAUCAUGUACACAAGACCAGAAGUGAUCGUGCCAGAAAUAUAGUGAUGAGCAAGGCUUUAUUCUUGCCGAACAUUUCUAUGGAGGAUAACGGGACGUACCGCUGCAAAGCUGAGAUUGGACCCACAAAACACAAAUUUGUUGAAAUAACAGUCUCUGUCUUUGAGCAUCCAUUCAUAAAUGUGUCCUAUAACGGGCCUAGUUCAGUGACUGUCAGAGAAGGUAAAAAUAAACUUAUAUUUAAGCCCAGAGUCACUGCCCUUCCACCAACAGAUGUCUUAAUUUGGUAUAAGGAUGGAAUCCCCAUUGGCAAGGAUUCCCCCUGUUAUAAAGUGUCUGGUGACAGCUUAAUCAUCACUCAUGUGCAAUCGAACAAUGCUGGAAUCUUUACCCUGAGCUUGGGCAACAAAGAAAAGGGCCUGUACAAGAAUCUGAGCUACACUCUGUCUGUCUUAGUAAAACCAAGCAUCUCAGAGGCAGAGCUGUUUGCUAAGGACGUGCAGACGUACAUGUUGGGCCAACAGCAUCAGCUCACCUGCACUGUUUACGGGAUUCCCAUGCCGAACAUCACCUGGAAGUGGGAAGAGUGUAACUCAAGCUCUGCACAAAAAUGCAUUUACAACACGUCAAACACGGUCAGCACUAACGACAGGGGAAAUAACUCAGGCAACUGGAUUAAGAGCAUGAACACAAAAGCUGAACUGGUUAAAGAAAAAAACAUGACUGUAAGCACCCUGGUGAUAGGAGAGGCUAGCACCUCAGGCGUGUACUCCUGUGUGGCCAGCAAUGACGUGGGCACGAGCACCCUGGCGUUCCCUUUCUACGUUACUGAUCUCCCUACAGAAGUUACCAUUGAACCUAAGACGGCAAUUGAGGGGGAAAACGUGACGUUGACCUGUCGGGCAGCUCGCUACCUCUACACAGACCUGCAGUGGUUGGAUGCCAGGAAUAAAACCAUCCGCUCCAGUGCCUCCACUCUCCACCUCGGACGAUACUCCAUGUCCCUUUCUCUCCAGCUUCAUAAAGUCUCUCAAAACAGCACCAAAGGCUAUAAGUGCCAAGCGAACAAGGCUCAGAAGGGCACUGAGCUCAAGUCGUCUCCACUCGUUGUGGAUGCAAGAAGACACCCAUGGCUGAGCUGGAAUCUGACUAAUCAGGAUGUGAACUGCAGCAGCACCCUGAUGCUGGCUUGCAGCGCUCAUGGAAUUCCUCGUCCCGAUAUUGUAUGGUUCAAAAACAGCGUGCCAGUGACUCUGGGCCCAGGCAUUACAAUGACGGAAGCGGGCGUUCUAACUAUCGAGAGGGUGAAGAAGGAUGAUGAGGGUCUGUACGAGUGUGUAGCCAGCAACGUCGAGGGUUCUGCAAGAACGAGCGCUGUGGUUACUGUGCUCGGGGAUGAAGGCAAAGCAAAUAUUGAGGUGAUAAUCCUGGUGAGCACGGGAGCCGCAGCCACGUUCCUAUGGAUCAUGCUCAUCCUCUUCAUCCGCAAACUCAGGAAACAACCAGCGCACUAUAAGAUGGGUCCAUCGAUCAUCAUUGACCCCGACGAGUGUCCGCUCGAGGAGCAGAAUGACCUGCUUCAGUACGACAGCAGCAAAUGGGAGUUCCCUCGGGACCGUUUGCGACUAGCAAACACUCUUGGCCACGGAGCUUUUGGGAAAGUGGUGGAGGCGUCUGCGUUUGGGAUUGACAAGCUCUCCACCUGCAAGACUGUUGCGGUCAAAAUGCUGAAAGGCGGUGCCACAUCGAAUGAACGAAAGGCGCUGAUGUCAGAGUUGAAGAUUUUGAUCCACAUUGGCCAUCACCUGAAUGUGGUCAACCUGCUGGGAGCCUGCACGAAGCCUGGAGGACCAUUGAUGAUGAUAGUGGAGUUCUGCAAAUAUGGGAACUUGUCCAACUAUUUAAGAAGCAAGAGAGAUGACUUCAUUGUCUACAAGAGACAGGAUGGCAAGGUGGUGUCGUCAGGUUCGUCCUGCGAGCUGAGUGAGCUGAUGAAACGCCGCCUGGAGAGCGUGGCCAGCACCGGAAGCUCAGCCAGCUCUGGCUUCGUCGAAGAUAAGAGCUAUUGCGACUCAGAGGAAGAGGAAGAAGAAUCAGAGGAUUUAUAUAAAAGAGUUCUGACGCUGGAAGAUUUGAUCUGCUACAGUUUCCAAGUGGCCAAAGGCAUGGAGUUCUUGGCUUCACGCAAGUGCAUCCACCGUGAUUUGGCGGCGCGAAACAUCCUGCUGUCUGAGAACAACGUCGUGAAGAUCUGUGAUUUUGGACUUGCCAGAGACAUCUACAAAGAUCCUGACUAUGUUCGCAAGGGAGAUGCCCGGCUGCCACUCAAGUGGAUGGCCCCCGAGGCUAUUUUUGACAAGGUCUACACCACUCAGAGCGACGUUUGGUCUUUCGGCGUUCUCAUGUGGGAGAUCUUCUCUCUGGGUGCCUCCCCUUAUCCCGGUGUCCAAAUUGAUGAAGAGUUCUGCUGCAGGCUGAAAGAGGGGACCAGGAUGAGAGCACCAGAAUAUUCUUCCUGUGAGAUAUAUCAAACCAUGUUGGACUGCUGGCAUGGGGAGCCACAGGAGCGGCCCACCUUCACCGAGCUGGUGGAGAGGCUGGGGGACCUGCUUCAGGCCAGCGUGCAACAGGAGGGGAAGCAUUACAUACCCAUCAACACCGCGCUGCUGGAUAAGACAGGAGACCCGUGCACCGCAGAGCCGUCAGAGGAGACGCCCGCGCGCCCCGUCUCCCACCGUGACUCAGGAACCUGGAACAUCAAGAUCCGCCCGGCCAGCGUGAAAACGUUCAGCGAGGUCGCCGUGGAGACCGGGACAGAUGACAAGCAUGGGGGGGGUCACUCAGACAGUGGGAUGGGCCUCUCCUCCGACAACAUGAAGACACUGAAGCGCCUUGAAUCGCUGGCCAGCCGACCUCUCAGCAUCAUGGCUCUGGCGAUGAAGGCGGUGAGUAAGAGUAAGGAGUCGGUGCUGGGCGACACAGAGAAGGAGAGAUACCCAGCCACCGUCGCGCCCCUGGACUUAAGCAUCAAAGACCCCACUCUGGAUGACUCCGCGUCAGAUGCCGGUCUGGAGUGUCACAGCCCACCGCCUGACUACAACUAUGUGGUGCGCUACUCCACCCCUCCCGUGUAGCCUCCCGCUCCCGGAGCCUCCGCUGGUUUUGACUUUUGCCUCCAGACAGUAUCGCUUCAACGUUGGAAAGGACAACAAACGAGAUUCCCUCUGACAAUGCUCUGAAACGAGUCCUGAAUCUACUCGGGCGUAGCUUCUGCCCCCUCCCACUUCCAGACCACCUGCUGUGCUACUAGAGGAAACCUGAGGCUGUUGAUGGCGGUGUUCAGACUGAUGUUAAUGCUGCUGGUUGAUCCCAAAGUCACUGUGAUAAUCAAACAGAUCAAAACAGGCUCAGGUAUUUCUUUGAUCUACUGUGAAAUCAAACCACAAUGAUUCCGACUUCCACAGAUCUGAACUAGGAACGAGACUAUAUUUUUAUGGAAACGCAAACUAGUGAAAGAUACUGCAGAUAAAAAUUAUAUUUUUAUGAUAUACUUUGAAAUGUAAUUUUAUGAGUCACAAAAUUACCAACUUAGUAACUCAGGUUGACCCAGAAACAGAGGGGAGGUUUUUAGCGUCACGGGAAGUCACGGGCUAAUGAAGGAAACAGGGUAGAGCCAAGAGUGAGAGCAGCUUCAGCUCAAGCAUGAAAGCAUUUAAGUGAGGAGCUACUAUUUGUGGCGAUUAUUAAAACAGGAAGGACGCCACACGUGUUUGUUUUGUUGUGCACAAGUUCACUCAGAAACAUUAAAUUAUAGCAGGAUUUCAUGCAAACAGCUAUUAACAUAAAAGGUUUAUUUAUUCCAUUUGUAAACACUGCCGUGUAGUAACGCUCCUCUGCUGCUUCAUUUAGACUCAUAUUUAUGCUUUAGUGCGGACCUCCACACCUGUGCUCUGUUUGCGCUGCUGUAUUCACUGAUAGUAAAGCUGAACGGAUGUUCUUGCGCUGGGCCGUGUUUGUGGAGCUCCUCCGCCCUUCGUCUCGCGUUGGGUGAAGUCAGUGAAGAUUGCAGGGCAGUCUGCUUGUUUUUAUUCCUAUCACUGUAGUAAAGGAAGUACUGUGGCUCGAAGCGUAACUCACGCUCCUAGGUUGCUGUAAACACACCUUAUACUCUUAGUUUGUACCUGUAAGCCACUAAAACUGUAUUUACCAGUAAGUGAACUGUGGUCAGUCAGAAUUUUGAUGUGGACAGGAAGCCGUUAUGCACUGUUACUUUAUAUCACCCAUACUGUUUGUAUUAUUAUGUGAAAGCUAUAUUAUUGUGUCUGUGUGUCAGACAUUCCUGGGUUUGUUUUGUUAUUUAACAUUUAUUUUGUGAAGGAAAGUAACAUUUUCAGUAUUUGUUAUACUAUUUCUUGCCAAACUAACAUCUCCAUGUUUGCUAUUAAGCUCGGUUUAUCAGUUAAUCACUGUAGUUAGUACUGUUAUAAUCAGCAUCAAACGUUACCAACAAUGUGUUUUUAUUCAUUAUUCAUCCUCUGCUCUUGUUCAUUCGGUUCAUGUAGUUUAAUAUUGCUUGUAAUGAAAGUACUGUUCCCUGUAGUAAAUGAAUGAAUAAAGGUCUAUAUAUUUAUACAUUA